UAGAGAAGGUUCGGUCGGACAGCACGUGCGACCGGUUGCACAUUUCCGCGGAGGACGUGAACACGCGUAUAUCGUUCCGUCUUUUGCCUAUACGGAAGUCCACUUUACCGAUUGAAGGUCAGGCUAUCCGUAUCUGGCAGAAAAUUUGUCGCAAGUUUACAUCGAGAGUUUGCUUUCGCGAACGCGAAAUCUUCCCUAUUGGUGGUCCAAUACGUUCAUAGGUGCACGGGUGUUGGCUAUCGAUCCCGCUGUCCUGAUUUCCUGCAUGUUCAUUGGCGCCUCGGUUGCUAACAGUGCGUCGUAUGGUACAGUGCGGGCUCCGUUCGAUCAGUGCUGUGGCUUUACUGUUACGCUCAAGAUAUUUGUGUAAUUUUAUUCGUUUUAUCGGGGUGAUUUUUCCUCGUACCAAGGACAAUUCACGCCUCUUCGUUUCUUCUUCGAAAGCGUCGGUAUCCUUGGAAGACAAUGGAGUCCUAGAAGAGAAAUCGUGUUCCCGUUCUUCCUAUACUCUUCCUAUCCUCGAUGGGCAGACUGUACGGCGAUCCAUUGACUGGCAAAGGAACGGAACCAGGAACGAUCGAGCAAGCUUAGGACCAUGGAAUUCUACGACGUGGGAAGCAGCGACCUUAGAGAAUUGUGGGAGUCUUAUCUCUCCGAACCGGCCCUGGGCCAGGACGUUCUAAUGGGGACCAAAGAAGAAGAAUGGGGCAACCAUGGGUUGAUCGUGCGGGAUAAAUCCUCGCAGGGAGUGGUGUUGAGGGAUCGUUUGAUGACGGAUGCCGCCCUUGGAGGUCCACGACCGAUCAAGUCCGAGCACAAUUACAGCCUGUUGACGUCGAGCCCCCCUCCAAGCCCCGCGACACCCGGUGCCAACCCUCACACGCCUAAUUCCGGAUCGUCCGCCGACAGGGUUGGCGCUUCCCUCUCCGCAAACAGUUCCAACUCCAUCGAUUCUACUAACAUGGAUCACCAUAAAUCGUUGGACAUUCGAAGCAGAAUCGAUGACAUGGAGGAGGAAUGUUUCCCGGCGAUCUCGAUGAACACCGCGUCCGGACGCGACGACCUGUCCUCGUCGUCGUCCACGUCCUCUACCUCAACGAUUAUCCUAAAGAGAAGGAACAACAUAGUACCUGAAGACGUGGAGUGCAGCGAGAUCAAAGGAGAGCCGAUCAGCGCGCCUAGCAGCCCAUCGGAAUCGUGUCAAACGACGACAAUAGUCGACGAAAAAAAUACGAUAACCAUGGUGUUUCCUCAGAGUCUUCAUUUCUCCAAGAAUCACAUGUCGCAGACAAGCGACAGCGAGGAAGAUGACGAUGAAUUUUAUCAGGGUAUGGAGGUGGAGGAGUAUAACGGGGAGGCGAGCGACGUGAAGCAGGCGGAUCUCCGCGCGUCCAGGCAGGGUCUGCCGCCGACGCCUCCGAGCAGCGCGAGUUCCGACAGCGAGGGCACCGCUUCCGCUUCCUGCUCGCCGGAACGCCGAGAUUCCCAGAGCUCCGCGCACGCACAGAAUCUCAGGGGCAUGCUCACGCCCAGGCUUUACAUCACCAACACCACGCACACCACCAGACAGCCCAUCCACACACCCUUGAUUUCCUGCCAACCGAAAGGAUCGACGGGAGUGUUAACAUUGACGGAAGAGGAAAAGCGGACAUUGAUCGCGGAAGGUUACCCUGUUCCAACAAAAUUACCACUAACGAAGCAGGAAGAAAAGUCGUUGAAGAAAGUUCGCAGGAAAAUUAAGAACAAGAUAUCGGCUCAGGAGUCUCGACGGAAGAAAAAGGAGUACAUGGACGGAUUAGAAAGACGUGUCACCAUGCUCACAAACGAGAAUUCCUCGUACAGGGACAGGCUAACAGCCCUGGAGGACAAGAAUCGCGAAUUACUGAAAGAACUUCAACGUCUUCAAGCCCUGCUUCAGCUGCAAAACUCGUAGACGCGAAAAUAAACAUUAAAUCCUCUUCCUCCAAGCCGAAGACUUGAGUCGAGAAGACACGUAUUAAAUAUUAUCGCUCGUAGUGAUCCAAAGGAUUCUAUAAAGACUGGAGGCCGGAACCAGGGUCUCAGAACGUGUUCCUCAUCGUUGAAUUACGAGUGUUCUUUAUCCUUAUAUAGUUUUACUUUGACCCUUGGACAAUUUUCAAAUUGUUAUUCACUCGACUUCUUUCGUUGAAUCAGUAAUAUAUGUAUAUAUAUAUAAUUCGACGAUUUCACAGACAUAACAUUUUUUUCAUUUUGUCGAGUUAUACGCAGUUGAUACAUAUAUAUAUAUAUAUAUGUAUGGGAUCAAAAGAUGUCGUGGAUUUAUAUAUUUUCCAAGGGAACAGUGCAAUUCCUUUACAUUCCUGUAAAGUCUUCCUCGUGUGUAGCGGAUCGAGUAGAUAAUCGAGAAUCCGAUAUAAAAUAUUCGCCUUGGACCGCCUCGUCUUCCUGUUUCCGUGGACAGGAAUCCGGGGAUGAGUGCAAUUCAACCGUGGAGUGCCUUGAUUCGCUAAUCUCGAUGAUUCUUCCAUCGCGAACGAUGAAUUGAAUUUUUCAUUUUUUUUUUUAAUUUUCAUCAUCGAAAAAUAUCGUUACUAUUGUUAAUUUUCGAUUCUUGUGUUAUAAAGAUAUCAAUCAAAUUUAAUGAGAAUCGAUAUGAAAAGUUUGGAGGAAAUUUAGUUUUCAAAGAAUUAUCGGUUAAAUCGGAUGAAAUCGGACAAGAGAAUCGUUCGUUGUUGCCCGAAUUUUUCCGAGCUUUAUCGAAAUUCAGUUUUCCGCGUCACAAGACGGUUUGCACAUUUUUAAUCUGUUUGUAGAUUUAGUAUGGUCGAGAUCGAGAAUUAUAAAAACUGAAGAACUAAAAAAUUAUGAACUUUUUGUGAAUAACUUCUUCUCAUUGGUUUUUUUCUUCUUCUUUCUAAUUAUCAGAUUACCAAAAAAUUUUUUGACUUACCAUAAAGAGAGACCAAAAUAACAAGAAAUUUUUGAUAUUUAUUUAAUUAAAAAUAGAUCAUUCAAUAGAUAUUCCAAUUCAUUUAACGAAAAGUAUAUAUUUUAAGAAUCGCUAUUUAAAUUUGAUAAAAUUAAAAAUAUAUUCAAGAAGAUAAUUUUCUUUUCUUUUUUUUUUCUUUUUUUCGUGCAAAGCGAAAUGAACAAAGUUCGAUCGAUUUUUAAUUCGAACUUUAAAAAACGAAAACGAAAUUAAAAUAGACAUCGAUGGGACGUUUCAUAAUUAAAACAAAUGACGAGGAUUAAAUUUGAAGCGAGAUAGCGAUAGACGAACGUUCGCGUCGACUAUCGAAAUAUUUAACGAUGCAUUUUUCGAUCGAUCGCAAUCGAUAUUCGAUCGAUAAUUUAUAUUCGAUAUAUUAGAUUUUCGUCCGAAUAAUAUAAAAAUUAGAAAUGUGACGAACGAUGUAGUUGAAAUAAAUAUAUAAUGAUAAGACGACGUACAAUUGAAACGAUGAAUGUUCAUCGCGUUAAGUAUAGGAAUUAUAGAUAAUGAAUAAUUUUAGAGCGAACAGAGGUGCGUAAUUAAUUAAUUAAUUAAUUAAGAUUAAAAAAAAUAUUUUAUAUAAAAAAAAUUCGAUGAUCGUCUGCGCCUAUUUUCUCGAGAGAAAAUUAUAUGAAUAGAUUGAGAUAUAAAUCAUAUAUAUAUAUAUAUAAAUAUAUUUAAGAACUUAUUUAUAAGUUAGCAUAUUUUAAACGCGAGAUAUAGAUUUGUACAUUAUAUUUGUUAAAGAAAUUUUAUUUACUUGGCCAUCCAUAAUGGCUCGUUUCAUCGUGGUUUUAAGAAAAACACUGUGCAAUCACUUCGAUUUUUUUCUUCAAAGAAUGCGCCACAUUAUAUAUAGGAGUAAUAUUUUAUAGUUUUUAUUUUACUAUGAUACUAGGUGCAAUCUGAUUCGUGGAAUGAUAAGAGAUAAACAAAUUUUUCGAGAAAUGGGAAAUUUCGAACGAUAUAUUUUUAAUCGAAUUAUUUUUGAAAAAUAAUACAUUUUUAAAGAAAAUUCCUUCUCGAUAUUAGGGGAAAUAUAUUUUUUCGAUCAAACUUUUUUUCAGAAGAUGUUCGUUUCGAAAAAGAAAUUCGUUCCAAAAAAAAUAUUUACGAAGAGAAAGAGAAAAUUUAUUUCCUAUCAAAGAAAUAUUGUUUGGAAAAACUUUUUGUGCAAAAAUAAUUUAAAAAAAAAUAUAUCUUUUUAGAAGAAAAUUGUGUAAAUAAAAAGUUAGUUGGCCAACUACUCUUGAGAAAAUAUUUGACUAUUUUAUUUUAUUUUACGUUAGAUUAGAUCUUGCAAUUUUACGACGAAUCAGAUUGCACUUUAUAUAUUCCAUACUCGCAUUUUAUCGUCGAAUUUCGAUUUAGGGGAUAUGAUGUUUUUUCGUGUUCCCAUAUCUAAUAGGUACAAAUAUCAUCGGUAAUGUCCACGAUCGUGCAAAAUUAGGAUUAAAAGAGGCAUCGACGAAUGAUUCGCAGAGAAUUCUUGUCUCGAACACAAGCGCUGCCAUUCGUUUCGAAUGACGAUCUUCGAAAGUGGAUGAACUUUUUAAAUAUAUUAUUAAUCACGUAGAAGAAGAAAAUAUCCGAACGAUACCGUUUCAUUAAUUUUUCUAAUAGAAAUUUUAUUAACACAUCGAAUGCCAUGUGAGUUAAAACUUAUCAUCAUUAUAUGACAAAAUUAUACUUUCUAUGUUGUAAUUAACGAAAAAUAGAAAAUUGUAUACUAUAUUAUUAUUGAUCAGAAAUAAGAGAAAACUAAUUUUAGAAUGUGUUUUCGUAAGGAGAAUGAUUAUACUCGAAAUGAACGAUUGGCUUGAAAAAUUCUAAGAAAUGAUGAAAUAGUUUCUGCCUGCUUUAGUUGGCUAUUUCAAGCUCCAAGUUGGACGAAGCUUCGGCGUCUGAAAAUUCUAUUUUUAUGCCAGAUUCAGUGGAUCGUUUGAACAAUAACAAAUAUGCUUUAGGCAGUACAGUUUAAAAUCUGAAAGAUAUUUUUUUGUAAAAUAAAUUGAUAAUGUAUCUUUGGCAAAAUUAUUGGUUAAAAUAGAGAAACAGUUAAUUCCUUUUUUUAACUUUUCAUGUUUUUGGGAAAAUAUUUUUCAUUGGAAUAUAAUAAAAAAAAAUUUUUCUACAAUCAAUUGUCUUGUAUUUUAAAAAAAGAAAAUAAAAGAAAUUAUUUUGGGAGCAAACAAAUUUAACUCUCAUGGCACUAAACGUAUUAAAUAAAGAUUCGAACGAUCUUUUGUAGAAUAAUUACAGGGACCAAUAGGGAUUUGAUGGCGCAUCUCUCAUUCCUUCGUCGAACGUUUUCGAUCACGAUCGAGGUUUCUCACGCAAUUUUGCGAUAUCGCGUGAAAAAUUGCUUAUGGCUUUGAUCCAAGCCUUGAUUCAAUUGGAUUUGAACUUCAAUUAACUUAUCUAUCCGGUAUAAACCGACCAGAGGGAAAACUUUAAAUAUGAUCUCUUCACAGCUCGAUUAAUUCAAAUAACCGAAUUCGAAAUAUUAUAAUGGAAACGCAAUGAAAAUUGAAAUUUUAAAAUUUCAAGAUUUUCUUAGGUUAAAAAAAAAAAAUUUACAGACAGUAAAAAAUAUCAAUCUUAAAAAAAAAUUUACCAAACCGUCGUGUCGUGCGUUUACAAUAAACUUAUUCCAGAAGCAUAUUUCUACGUUAUUUUUACGUCGUGAAUAUAUCGUAUUCAUGGUGAAAAAGUGAAAAAGUGCGUAAAAAAAAUAACACUGACUCAGUCUCUAUCAAUUACUUACGUCUAAGCAUAUCCCAGAACGUGGAUAUUCUUACCGGCUUAAAGACCGAUGUGCUUAACAGUGUUUCUUUAAAGGGGAUAUUAUUUCUCUCUCUUUUUAAGCUACGAUUGGCUCCCUUGCCUUGUUCAAUCGCUUAUCGAUGCCUGUAUUUGAUAUAAUUUGUCUUGAUAUUUUCAAAUUCAAAAAGAAAAAAAGAAAAAAAAUAUCAUUUCAUCUAAAUGUUAUUCAGAAGAAAAAGUGCAUGUACCCACAUUAUACCAUUAUUGGUGGAAAUAUCGCGUAAAUUUACGCGAGGAAACCUCAUGGAUCGUUAGAUAAGAAUCAUAGCCUGGCACGUAGGUGAUCGUAAUUUCGUGUGUACAAAAAUGCCAAUUGAACGCAGUUUUUAUCGAGAAUAAAAAAAAUAUAUAAGCGAAAGAGUUAAUUUAAUAUAUUCUAUGAACGAAGCUUUAUAUAAAUGAUCAUAUAUAUAUAUAUAUGUGUGUGUAUAUACAUAUAUAUAAAUAUAUAUCUAUACAUAAAAUAUUUCCAUAUAAACAGAUAAUAUAUGUAUACACUAAAUAUACACGUAUUUACAAACCUAUAUACACCGAGAGGUAGGAGAUAUAAUACACAACACACGCGCGAAUUAUACAUUUACUAGGUCUCAUUUAUCGCGAGAGAAAAACCCGAUGAAUCGUUCGUAAAAUUCAUUCGUUGCAUUCGCAUUCUCUACGAUAUCGUAUGCAUUAUAUUAUUUAUCCACAGAGUCUAUAUAUAUAUAUACUAUAUAUAUAUACGUGUUAGCUAUGCGACGACUUAUCCUAUUAUCCCGACGAGUGUCUUUACGCGAUUACGAUGAUGUACAGCGGUAGCCACGUGUACGAUGUUACACGUGACCUCAUUGCGACUAAUUUCGAACGUUGUACUACAAGAAAUAAACACAUGUGACUUAAUA